AUGUUUUUAACUUUACUUUAUUAUAUCAAUAUUCCUCAGCCUCAUGGGUAUGAAUCACUUCCAUGUGGUGCGAACAUUGAUGGUUAUAUAUAUAAUUUUGAAGGUGUUGCAAAUAACGCGAAUGAAAUCGAUUUUGGAAAUGCAACUAUUGUAUUUUCGAUUUGUCAGCAACUUUCUGAAGAUCGUUUUAUCGAAGGAACUUAUAAAGCAGGCAUAUCUUCUGUUUUAUUCCCAGGUAACAAAGCAGAAUCUUAUUUUUAUGGAUAUACAGGGACUCAAUACGCAGAAUUUAAUGACAAUAGUGAUCCAAACAAAGGCGUAAACUUAAUUUACUAUUACAGUAACAUUCAAGACAAUAUAAAACGUGUAACUGUUCUAUCAAUCGAAUACGACGAAAAAGAAGACUUCAAAUGCGAAUCAGUAAAUUAUUUCGAAGAUAUUUCAUAUAUAAAUAUUAAAAUAAAAUCAAAAUUUGCAAAACCAACGAAAAGUCCAGUUCCUGAAGAAGAAUACUAUCAAGCAAACUGCUUAGUUUAUUCUCCUGCCAAAGAUGGAAAGCAUUAUAUGACUAAUCUCAAUUUAUUUAAUUAUCAAAACGGAUAUGUCUUGGAAAGCGGCGAAAAUCUCAUAUUCUACCAGCCAUGCUCAACAAUGAAAUGCCCAGCAUCAUAUUCCUGCAACACAAACCAGUCUUCCGCUUGGGUUUGUAAAAAUCAAAGUUGCAUUUCAUACGGAACAACUAUGAAUCCAAUGGAUUACGUAUACAGGAAUGACUCCUUCACAGUAAAAUAUACUGAGUCUUCCCAAUCAUUAACUGUCAAAUAUCAAUGCGAUCGCGAUGGAUUUUUACAUUCGCCUGAUUUUACAAAUGCAGAGAUCUCUGGUAAUAAUUUAAGCAUCAGUGCAAACAUACUAGACAUCUGCAAUCCAGUAAGAGGCAGUAAAAACGUUUAUCAUUUUGAUAAAUUAAAUUAUGACGCUAAAGUAGAUUUAAACAACAAAAAAUACAUUGGACAGACAGAAUUCAACUUAAGUGAUACUUUUGAUCUAGCGUAUCAGCCAAAAGUAUUCGCAAAUCCCGUAGAUAUUCUUCCAUGUCCAGAAGGAUACAAAUGCAGCGGACACAGACCUUCCCAUGGUUGGCUAUGCUAUCAAAACGAUACAAAGCGCUGCUUAAAUAUCUGGCAUGCCGAUGAAGUACCUAAAACUUCUUAUAAUAAUAAGUCAUUAUAUGCAAAAGUGACACUAGUUUACAACGGGGAAUCUGACAUUCAAUCAAUUGUGAAUUUUAAGUGCAAUGCAAGGCCUCCUAUACAAGAUGAUGAAAUUGCAUGGCUACCAAACAAAACUGUUAAGUAUUACGAAAAAUAUAAUUAUUUUUUGUAUCAAUUUAACAGUAAGGACACUUGCAGCAUGACAUGGGACUUCCCAGACUUCGAUUAUCAACUUCCAUCCUCUACAUCUUAUCCUCCUCAGUACAUUUACGAAUCAAAUGGAACUCACAGCAUAAAAAUUGAUCUUUCGAGCAUUUUCAUGUUCGAUGUCAAUUCAUUAUGUAAGACAACUAUGGAUUACCGUAAAGAAUCCCUGUUAUUCAUAUCUCCUUUCGCUGAUUUCGGAUGUCCAAUUGCAGGAGCUUGCAAAUCCAUAAAUAAAUCAGAUGGUUAUAUUUGCACAAGCCGAAAUGAUAAUCCUAGAUGCAUCCCAAUCAUGUAUUUGCAGGAAGGAUACUCAUAUGAAUUUACAAAACAGGGUUUAAACGAUGGAAUCACUAUAAAAUUCAGAGGAACUGAUUACAUUACAUUAUCAGUCAGAGUUGAAUGUAAAAAGUCUUCAAGAUACGUUAUUUACGACGAACCAAAUAUAUUCCACGUUCAUGCAAGCUCAGAUGGUGCCUGUGUAAGGCCAUACAUUGAUCCAACACCUCCGCCAGAACCAUACGUCCCUCCAUCAACGCCAAAGACCGAAACUGUAGAAUCGUAUGAAAUUAAAGGCGAAAACGAAACGAUGAAGGUCACAGAGUCAACAGAAAUCAGAGGACAUGUUCUUUUGAAAGGCGAAAUGGCCGACCAACUUGCAAAUUUCUAUGCAUAUCCAGGAUCCGCCAAAAGACCAGAAGGAAAUCCAGAAACAUUUGGUGUAAAUAAUGCAUCAGUCUGGAAAUGUUGGAUGGCACCAAAAACAAGUCCAUUCACCUGUAUAAAUGUUGCAGAUGCGAGGUAUGGCUACAAAGUUGAAGGAAACAACGUAACAAUAGGCGGAGGACACAGUGGAUCAUCAGUAACUUUGUCUUUCGUAUGCUCAGGCAAGAAAGAAGGUCCUCGCCACUUUAAUGAACACGGAGUUUUUCGAAAUAACAAUUACCAUUUAAUUGUUGAAACUCCAGAACUCUGUGAAUGGUAUGAUGACGAUGGAUCUACAAGUUUGUGGUGGAUUUGGCUGAUCCCGAUGACAUUGGCACUUGUUUUCUUUUUGUACAUUGUCAUUGGAUCUCUUGUUGUGAAAAGAAGGACUGGUCAUUGGAAUGUUCCGAAUAGGAACUUCUGGAUAGAUUUGACAAAAUCUUGCUCUUCUUGCAAAUGCUGCAGGGGAAAUUACUCUGAAAUAUCAAAGGACACUGACCUUAUUUUGUCUUCCAGCUUUACUUAG